GCGUGGCUUCCGUGGAGAGACAGAUAUCAUUUGUGACUUUUCUUUACAUGUAAAUGGUAAUAAUGUUCUGUUGAUUAUUGAAAUGGACGAGAAAGGAUGAGCGAAGGAGAAUGAGGGAACCAGCAAACAAUCAACAGGGUGGGGUGAAGCGUUUCACGUAUAAUGGUCCUAACUCAUCUAAAGACAACUCACCAGGACCUACUGAUGAUUGGUUUAAUGGCUUACCAACUAAAUCCAGAUCUGACCAAUCACUUCAUGGAAGCAACCCUGAGCUUGAUGACGUAUGGAGCAUCCGCAAGAAUGUCUCUGCAAGUCUAAAGCUUCCAGCUAAGCAGGCCACAAUAUCUACUAAUAACCCCUCAACAACUGGCUACUACUCACGCCAUGGCCAGUAUAAUAAAUCCUCCAAACUCAAUGAAGACACAUCUGUGUUUGCUGGCUCAGAUAGAUCAGGGUUUGGAAAAUCUGGAGGAUACUCCUACGGUCAGUCCAGAUCCAGUUAUUCCUAUGCAGGUGCAGCAGAUGCAGGACCAGUUCAGAGUUCCAGUCCCAGGUUCACAGGAGGACCAAGUACCACAACUCAAGGGUCGGGUAGAUCAGGGGGAAUAGGUCCUCCAUUGGUAAGUGGCAAUAGAUCCCCCACCCGUUCAAAUACAAGUCGAUCGUUGGAGUCACAGUACAGCAGAGGGAGAGGCAGUGAUGGAUGGAGCAGCUUCUGAUCCAUCUCAGUAUUACAAACAUCAUCAACCAAUCAAAAAUGACAAAUUUGGAGGGAGGAAGGAUGGUAGUUGGAUCAGCUUUGACAAAAAAAAAUCAUUGGAUGAGGUAUCAAUAUUAGAUCAUAUAGGAACUUUGAAAACCUGGAUAAAAGUCUUUGGAGAGAUACACAGUGUGUUCUUAGCACAGAAUAUCAACUGUCAGCUCUUUUAAGAAUGGAUAGUUUAUUCUUGGUAAAUGUUUAA